UGAUUCUGGAGGUUGGCUCAGAGCAGUUCAGUUCUGUAUAAAUACAGCGUCUUGAUGAGGAGUAGGCUAGAGCCUAGCGCUGUAAACUUGGACCAGUGUAAGAGCAACUCUUUGAAAGAAUUUAGCAAAGAUAAUGGCCCACACAAACCGUUUAAUUGCUGGUGUUGAUCUGAGAAGCCAGGAAAACAACCGGGAACACCGAACUGAGGAGAUUGAUAGGAAGCGUUUGAUUGUUCGGCGGGGACAAGCCUUCUCCCUGACGGUGCACCUCUCCGACCCGCUGCAGUCCGGCCAUGAGCUGGCCCUGGUCUUAAAGCAGGAUAAGAACAAUGAUGAUAUUGUGAUCAGACAGCGAACGGCUGGAGGGUCUGGUGACAAGUGGUGGUUACACCAGCAGAGCGCGAGGAACGAAUUACUGCUGACUGUGUACAGUCCCGCCCGUGCUGCCGUUGGCGAGUACCGCUUGGCUGUUGAACUGAUGUCAGGGAAUAAACUUCUGGAGAGGACGGACUUUACCAAAAUGUACUUGCUGUUUAAUCCCUGGUGCAAAGAUGAUGCUGUGUACCUCCCUGAUGAAAGUCUGCUCAAGGAAUACAUUAUGAACGAGAAUGGUCGCAUUUUCACUGGGAGUGCGGAUUGGAUGAGUGGGUUGCCAUGGAAUUUCGGACAGUUUGAAGACAAUGUGAUGGACAUCUGCUUUGAGAUCCUUGACCGCUUUAAGCCAGCGAGGUCAGACCCCCCAAACGACAUGCGUCAGCGAUGGGACCCUGUCUACAUCAGCAGGGCAGUCGUUGCCAUGGUGAAUGCCCACGUGACGGUGGAGUCUUGGUGGGGAAAUGGCAGGAACCUUACACAGGUGGAGUACAGCCAACCAAAUGGAUGAGCAGUG